UUUUGUGAUGUCUGAUAACGACGACGACGAUUGGUUUAAUAAGGAUGAAGACGAGAUUGUACAAAGCUUGCAGCAGCAAGUGAAACUAAAAGUGGACAAGCCAGAUGAAGAGCGCAUAGAAUGUGGCUUAGGUGAAUUCCUGAAUGAAAUGGAGCUUGAUGGAAGCUAUGCGGGCAUAGCAGCUACUAAAUCUAAGGCUCGCUUCUCUACAGGCGAUCUUGUUAAGGCAUUGGAAAUGUCGCCACUUGAAAUGUUUCUCUAUUUCAUGGCGGAUCAGCGUGAUAUCUUUAAGAACCAAAUAGCGGCCAAUGAUUCGUUUCUACGUUUGCAGAAAUAUGUGAAAAUAUUGACGACAUUGUGCCAAUUGCGAUUGGGAGGCUAUGAUGAGCAAUUUUUAGGUGAUGGGUUUGCUAAGCAAACGCUGCUACUGGAGCUUAUUAAGCGAUAUGCGCUCAAGUUCUUUGCGCCGUCUGCUAAAAAAGACGCGUUGGAUGCAGACUUGGAGUUAAUGCUGCGUGAAACCAAAAUGUUACUUCUACGCUCGCAUAAGUUGGGUGUGCUGACUGAAAGUGGUUACAUGCUGGUGGAAUAUAUGAAAAAACUGAUUGGUCGUUGUCAGCAACAGCAUGCGCUAUGCCUUGAGUUCACAAAUGAAUUGGAGCAAGUGCAGCCAGGUGCAACAAAUAAAAUUAACGAUAUAUAUCCUACACUGGACGACUUGCUAGGAGUUGUGAAUUCUAAUGAACCUACGGCGGCGGCUGCUGCUGCUAAAGCUAACGAUGUGACUAGCUACAUAGACCAGCAACGCCAGCUACUAUGUGAAGGCUUUGCUAGACCAUUGCGGGAAUUUGUGCAGAGUCUACGCUUAAAUCCCAAGGACAAGCAACCAUUGCUUUGGCGGCAUACACAAAUCGUGUUAAAUCCAGCUUUUGCAGAUGCAGAGCGUCACAGUUUAAUUUUUAUGGACAUAAGACCGAAAGCUUCGGGCAGAACAGUCAAGACAAACCAUUCUGAGGCGGAGAGUGCAUUUUUGAUGAGCGUUAAAACAGGCACGCUGCUGUGCUUCACCAGCAGUCUGGAGUUUGAGAAUCUUAUUUUAGCUACAGCAGGCUAUACAGCAGCGGAAAUGCUACAAAAAGGAUAUUUAAGCAUAGAGAUUGCUAGGCAGUACAACAUCGGCAAUAUCUAUGGCAAGCCUCUGCUUAUGUUCGAAGCUCCAGAGUUCUUUGAGCCCUAUUUGCGUGUGCACAAGAAUCUCAGCAGCUGCAACGUUGAAAACUUUCCCAUGGCACGUUACAUCAUCGAAGGUGUACUUGAUGUGGCACCACCCGCGUAUAUGAAAUCGGUUGACAAAUUGCUUUAUAAAGGAUCGCCAUUUAGCAUAGAGCAAGCGCCUAAGCAGGCAGCUUUGAAUGAAGGACAAGGCGCCGCAUUUAGCGCUGCACUGCGCAACGAAUUUUGCCUGAUACAAGGUCCGCCUGGUACGGGCAAGACGCAUCUCUCCGUAGAGCUAGUGAAUACUUUGCUGCAAAAUGCGGAGACGCUAAAGACGGGACCGCUUGUACUGCUCGCCUAUACGAAUGACUCGCUGGACAAGUUUCUGCUGCAGAUUUCACAGCACACCGAUAGCAUUGCACGCUUUGGCUGCCAGUCGCGAGAGUUGCGCAAAUACGAUGUGCGCAAGCUCAGCACGGCGCGUCCUAUGCCAGCUACGCGGAAGCGUGUCUGGUGGUUGACCAAAGGCGAGUACAAGCAGCAAUUUGAGCGCUUGCAAGCGCUGCAUGCAAACUUUGAUGGCAGCGAGGAGGCCUAUCAGCAAAUAUUGGAGGCACAACAACAGCUGCAGCUGGCGGCAGAAAAGCUAAAUACGCUACGCACCAUCUUUCAUUAUUAUGUGGCACGCGAGCAGCGUCUGCUGGCCAUGACCACCACCUGUGCGGCACGUUACAAUUUUCUGUUCCGUCUGCUACAAAGCAAGACAUUGCUGUUCGAGGAGGCAGCCGAAAUCGCCGAGGCGCAUGUAUUGGCUUGUCUGACGCCCUAUGCCGAGCAUGUGAUAUUUAUAGGCGAUCACAAGCAACUGAAGCCCUACACUGGCCACCACGUGCAGCAAGUGUCGCUAUUUGAACGUCUUAUUACAAACGGAUUUCCUGUCACGGUGCUUAAUCUGCAAUAUCGCAUGCGCAGCUGCAUUGCCGAACUGCUGGUGCCCACUUUCUAUGCGGAUCUCAAGUGCCAUGAGUCUGUUGAGGCUUACCCCAAUAUACGCAAGCUAGACGUUAAUUUAUACUUUGUAGCACACAAGCAAGCAGAGCACUUAAUGACCAAUAUGUCUAUUGUCAACAAGCACGAAGCCGGAGAAGUGCUCAAACUGGCUGUUUGGCUAGUGCAGGUCGCAGGCUAUGCUUGCAGCGAUAUUGUUGUGCUCUCACCAUACAACGCACAAGUUGAGCAUAUUAAACAAAAGUUUAAGCAGCAGCCGACGAUAGCAGACAUUCUGGUCGCCAGCGUGGACAGCUACCAAGGAUUGCAGGCCAACAUUGUGCUCUUGUCGCUGGUGCGCAGCAAUCCCAAUGGGCAUAUCGGCUUUCUACGUCAACCCAAUCGCGUUUGUGUGGCUUUGUCGCGUGCUCGCUGGGCGCUUUAUAUGAUUGGCAACAUGGACACGCUGCUGCAGGGCAACCACAAGCUUUGGUCUGUCAUUCAUGAUAAGUUGCUGGCGACUAAAGCAAUUGGCAACAUAUUGCCGAUAUGCAGAAAACCCAAUUAAA